UCAAAGUGCAGAUACUUGCUGGAGUAAAAUUCAAACACAUGGUAAAAGAAGAUUAACGUAUCGUGCAGAUAGAUAUGAAUCAAUGAAAAGAACCGGCUAGAGUUGGCGACUAUAGCUACGCCACUGUUUGAAAAAGCAAUAGUUUAGUCAUCGCAAUCUACGACGCUUAGGUGCACAUUGAGGAACCAAGAUGCCGGUAAAGAUCAAUUGGCCCAUGUUGACGGCAACGGUCUGCCCUAAUAUUGGUGGCUGGGUCGAUAGCUACUUCGUUAAAAAAAAUAUCAGCUGGUACGAGUCGCUGAAAAAGCCGAAAUAUAUCCCGCCGAAUUGGGUAUUCGGACCCGUGUGGACCACCAUCUACUGUACACUGGGUUACUCGUCGUACCUUGUAUGGCGAGACGGGGGUGGUUUCGAGGGAGCGGCCGUACCGCUCAGUGUCUACGGUCUUAAUCUUGCUCUCAACUGGUCAUGGACGCCGCUAUUCUUCGAGACUCGUAACAUAAAAUUGGCUCUCUACGAAAUUGCGGCGUUGUGGAUCAGCACGGCGGCGGUUGGGGUCGUGUUCUACCACGUUAAUCCCACUGCCGGCUAUCUCAUCAUUCCCUACGUCAUGUGGAACUCUCUCGCCGCUACAUUUAAUUAUGUCAUCUAUCGGGAUAACAAACAGCCUCCCGCUGUUGAGAAAGCCGAGGGAAAGAAGAACUAAGGAAAUUUACGUAGCAAACGAAUAGAGAAAUGGGAAAAUAGAGAGAGAUACGGCAGUGCCGUGGACGUCUGCUUAGAAAGCCAGCUUUUGAUGUUAAAAGAGCAUUCCUCACGAGAUUAAUGCUAAUGGUGGGCUUAACAAGUACUUUGAAUAAGAGAUUUGAAUAUAAAAUCGAGUAUUCACAUAUAUGUCUGUUAAAAGAGACCUUUUAUGAAAGCGAUGAAAAGAGGAUCACCGCAAAGUAUUUCUAUUAAAAUCUAUUGCUUUUGUUUUAUAUGUAUUAGUA